AUGGAUGAUUUACAGUUUGUCCCUCGUCCUAAUAAUCUUUAUCAAACCUUUAAAUUGAAUAGUUCUACGAUGCAGAAACGAAAUUUCAGUAAUUCUGCUACAUCAAAAGCUCACAGUACAAAAGUACUAAUCCCGUCUCUGUCAACUCGACCAUCAGAACAAGAUAUCUGUGAGAUAUUAAGGAAAAAAUUGGAAUUUAAAAAAGAUAAUAAUUUAUCUCUACCCACUCAUUAUCAGCAAAACAAUGAUACAAACAAUCUUCCAUCUUGUGAUAAUUCCAUAUGGCAACCUUUAUCACCAAAAAUCGAUCAUGAAUUACGUAAUUCAGAACGAACAAAUCGUAGUCUACUCACUAGUAUUUUGUCAGAACUGCCUGACUUAACAGCUGAUUUUUAUCCUUCAACAACUAGUCGGGUUAAUGAUUCCCAAGUAUCGCUUAGAAAUCGUUCUCAAGACAUAGAGCAUAAACCAUUUGAUCUUCGUUGUAAAUCAUCAAAGCGUAUGGGUUGUUACGUAGAGUCUCCUGAAAAAGCUUUUCAUAAUUGGGUUACAUUCGAUUCUAGUCCACCUACAUGUUCUUCUGAAGAUCUUAUUAAUUUGACUGGUUCCCCAUCCAAAUCAUCCAAUACACUUGAUCCGUUUUCAGAUGAUUCAUUUUCCAAAUCUUUAUCAACUAACACAAAACCAGCUAAAUGUGAUCACAAUGAAUUAGAACAAGCAAUUCUUAAUGAAUUCGACCAAUUUUCUAUAUCUCGAAUGAGAAAAACAUAAUGGUGACAAUUAUAAUUCUCACUUAUGUAUAUGUCGUUAUUAUGAUUAACUAAUUUUAGUGUAUAUUUACAAAUGAAUCUCUGUAAUCGUCGAUCUGAGAUCUCAGUUCAUGAUAAAAUUUCAUUCCAUUUUCUUAGAAUCUAAUAGAGAUUUCUUACGUUUUUUCUUAUUACAAUCGAGACAAUCAUUUUUUUAAACUUUACAUUAUUUGUUUAUUUGCUAAAAAAGUUUACUCGAAUAUUUAAAUUCUUUAUAUUUCAAAAAAAGUUGAUUAUUAAUAAUGUCGUUUUGUGUAUAUUGAACAUUUGAAAAACAUUAAUAUUUUGGUGGA